GCAAGAGUUGUGUUAUACAAAGUUUUGAUACCAAGAUUUUUACUCUAAAUGUACAUUAGUUCCAAGUAUCUGGUAUUGGUUGCCAGUUAUUGAUUACUAAUAAUUGAUAUCAGCUCUAAAAACAAACAAACAAACAAAAAAAGCACAUGUCUGUGGUCACUUAUUUAUUUUAUCUAUUUAUGUAUAUACGUUCGUGAUCCUGCAAGGGAAAGUUGUCUGUUUGCAUAUUUCAGAUUGUUCAGAAGCUGGAGUCAGGGUCGACCACACUACCACACCAGAUAGGGUUAAGGGCCUUGCUCAAGGACCCAACAGUGGCAGCUUGCUGGUGCUGGGCCUUGAACCUCUGGCCCCAGCCCAAAGCCUUAACCACUGAUCCACCACUACACUGUUUGACAAAGGGGCUCUGUCUUCAUGUGUUUUGUAAAGUCUAAUAAAGUGAUACUUGAAUACAGUCUAUGUGUACCACUCUGAAGGUACUACAGGAAAAAUAUUCAACAUGAACUCCUUCUGAUUUCUUAUAUAAGGUGGGAUGUUAUUAUCUUUAUUUAUUUUGUUUUAAUGUAUAGGAAUAGACAAUCUCUGUCCUUUCCUGGAAGUUCAUUGUUUUUUUCAAGAUCACUUUGUCCAUAAAAGUAAGUUGAGGGCAGUUUUGCCCUUUGAACUUGUGGUCAGCUGUCUUCAGACCAACAUCUAUUUGCAAUUAGAGGAACAGCAUCUUUAGACAUUUCCUAUGGAUGUGAACACACAGCCAUUGUGGUUGACAUGGAUUCACAUUUGCUGCCUUUGCGUAACUAAUGCAUAAUGUCUUUGCCCUCAGUAUAUACAUGAUAAUAAAAUGUACUUCUCUCUGCUUUUAUCUCUUGCUUUAUGUGUAUAGUGUAAAUACCACAAUAGAUCUGUUUUCUGAGGUCUCUGAUAUGUAAUCCACCACUACGUCGGGGUGUGUGACCGAUGAAAAACAUGUGGUUAACAUAUUAUAACAUUAUUAUUAUAGUCAUGACACGCCAGCCCCUGCAUGAUGCGCGCUCACUGCGUCUUCCUGACAGUUGUGAAUACGCGGCUGACCCCAAAACAAAGUCUCGCGUGAUCCAGCAGUGCGAUAAUACAGUACAGGGAGGGCUGCAUGGAGAGCUGGAGAGACAAAACAAAAGCCACACAUUUCAACUAACAGGCGCUGGUCGCUUUCUAUUUUUUUUUUUUUUUGUAAACCAAAUCAAAUUUUACCCAUUACUCAUAUCGAUUUCAGUUACACGGCAAUAUUGUGAAAGUUUUGCAUCAUGCCCAGUAGCACGUCUUUGCUGGAGGCCGAUGAGGGAGAGUCCGAGGUCCCACCGCCGCUAGUGCACGCUUUCGCCGGUAUGGGCCUUGAGGAGCACCUCGGCACCCAGAGCCAGACCCCCGAACAAGCAGACGAGAGCCUCUCCUUUCAUCACCACCAGCUCCCCUCGGUCUCCCAUUUCAACAUCCUCGGUACGGUCCUCGACUUGAAGCCCCUGCCGCUGCAUCGGCCGCCCUCGGGAGAUGAAGUGAACAAAACGGCAGCGCCCGAAGACGAAGAGCCAGAAGCUGUAGCCGCCGAGUCCUCUGGCUGCACCGCUGGCUCGUUGCUAGCGCAGGCCCACCGCCACCAACACCUCCCACCGGGGCCGGGUAGCUCCGUGAUGCCGUCCGGAAUGGAGCCGCCGCACGUCGAGACGGUGUUGCUGUACAACGGGGACGAUCGGGAUGAUACGGGGGCUGGCGGCGGCGGCGGCGGCGCCUUACCACCGGCUAGCAGCAUGGCGAUGCUGCCGUCCGGCGUGUACGGGGAGCCGGGCUACGAGGCCGAACCUUCCCUGUUGACUCGGCGAAAGAGCGUCAACACAACCGAGUGUGUGGCCGUGCCCAGCUCCGAGCACGUCGCGGAGAUCGUGGGCAGGCAGGGCUGCAAGAUCAAGGCGCUUCGAGCUAAGACCAACACCUAUAUUAAGACGCCGGUGAGGGGUGAGCAGCCCGUCUUUGUUGUGACAGGACGCAAAGAAGAUGUGGCCAUGGCGAAGAGGGAGAUCCUGUCUGCAGCCGAGCACUUCUCCCUCAUCAGAGCCUCCCGGAACAAGACGGGCCCUCUCUCUGCUGCGACCGGUUUGGGGGCCCCGGCUUUACCUGGACAGACGACCAUUCAGGUCCGGGUACCAUAUCGUGUAGUGGGAUUGGUCGUGGGUCCCAAAGGGGCAACGAUCAAACGCAUUCAGCAGCAGACCCACACCUACAUUGUGACGCCGAGCCGCGACAAAGAGCCGGUGUUCGAGGUCACGGGCAUGCCGGAGAACGUGGACCGGGCGAGGGAGGAGAUAGAGGCGCACAUCGCCCUCCGCACUGGAACCUGCGGGGGCAUUGAAGCUCCAGGUGUAGACAACAACGACUUUCAAUUCAACGGCACGGAUGUCAGCUUCGAGACCUCUGCCAUGGCCGCUGGUUUGGGCGACGCCGGGUGGCUUCACGCAGGUGCAUCAUCGCCGGGUGGCGGUAACUUGCUGCCAAUGGGCAUCAACGGUACUCAGCGGGUCAAUAGCAAUAUUAGCAGUGGUGUCAGGAUGUCUUCCACCUACCGCAACGACAGCUCCAGCUCCCUGGGCAGCGGCUCCAGCUCAGCUGAUUCUUUCUACAGCGCUGGGAACGGUAACCGAAUGGCAGAUUUCAGCCCAACCUGCGGGUUUAAUGCCAAUUCCAAUAACAACAACAACAACAAUAACAACAACAACAAUAAUGGCGGCAGCACUAGUUUCUGGUUUGGAGAGAGCCUUCUUCCUGUGGGGUCUGAGGAGCUGGUCAGCCUCGGAGGUGGCGGCGGUGGUGGCGGCGGCGGUGGCGGCGGCUCCUCCUCAGGAUUCGACCCGUUAACCAUUUCCACUGUCCAUGCCUCACACCCUGCUGCACAGCCACACAUCUGGAGCCCCUUUGUGGACCACCAGCCCCUCCAGGCCUUUGAUGCCCUUCCGUCUCAGACCAGUCAACCUGGGACGCCCCGGCUCUCUCCAACCUUUCCGGGAACAGAAGCCUUGGAGCACCCUCAGGCCCAGCGUGUCCACCGAGGGCCUUUCGGCUCGGCUGGGAACCUCGACGCCCACAGGUUCCCCUCUUACAGCUCGGCCUUCUCCUCUUCCAGUGAAAGCACCGCCUCGUCAUCCUCUCCUCCCGAAUCCUCUCUCUCCUACCGACCGGGGCUUGGAUCAGCAGGGAGAGGACAGGAGAUAUGCAUCCACUGUAUGGAUAACCAGGUGAUCGCUGCCUUGGUUCCUUGCGGCCAUAACCUCUUCUGUCUAGAUUGUGCCACCCAGAUAUGCCAGGGUCCAGAAGCCGUGUGCCCUGUGUGCCUGUCCCCGGCCACACAGGCCAUUCAGCUCCGCAAUAUGUGAUUUUAAUCCAUUUACUUUCAUAGCUGAUGAGGGAUCAGCCUCCCCAACACUCGUUAUGUUUGGGGAACUUACAAAACUGACCCCGAAUCGAUGUCUAGGUGUGACCUCACCCCAGCUUUGUCCAAGCUGGUGUUUGGUUGAUAGAGGUGAGGAAGAGUAAGUGAAUAAGGAAUGAUGUGUAUUUAGGGCAUGGGUUAGGGUGUUCAGCCCGUUCAUGUGCCUGCUAUUGUGAAGUCUUCUUCCUUGAUUGAUUGAUUGAUCAAUGGGAGGGUUGAAAGCCCUCUAUGUAGCAUUGGGUGGGUUGGGAUAUAUAUAUAUAUAUUUUUUUUUUUUUGCUCAUCGUGAUCUUUGAUUUACUUUUUUUUUUCUCCUUAAAACAUUUAGUUACCAGUUUCUGGCUACCUAUAAUUUGAAUUUCUUUUAAAUCUACUUUGAAUUCUAUUUGAAACAUAAUGUUGGCUUUUGGGUCAAAGUUUAUUUUGUCUACAUCUCAAAUGUUUUAUCCAUUUUUUUUUUAAAUUUUAUUUUGCUGCUACAGUUUUUUAUGUGUUGAACUAUGGCCCAGCCCCUUUGCCUCUCAAUUAUUGUGCUCGUGGCAGGAAAACUUGGAGGAAAAAAAAGGCGAGCACGUUUACAUGUAGUGGGUCCACACAUAUGACUGUGUAUAAAUUAAUAGUAUUCUCCUGGUUACUACAAAAUUUGAAUGCUGCAGUUGACUCGAUUUAAUGUACACACGCUACAUCAUAACGUCAGGUUUCACUCGAUCCCAGAUGAUUUCUGUAAACAUGAUCAGGCUAUUGAUUUGUGUCUGUGCUACUUUAAACGAUACGAUGUUUACAUUCUCCAGAUUAUACUUCAGAAUCUCGCAGACUCGGCUGACAUUACCGCUGUAUCGAUAAGAAUGCAAACACAGCCACGGCUGAGUUUUUAAACCAAGCAGGUCAAACCUGCAACUGCAAAGUUGUCACACUCCAAUGGCAACCUGUUGUUGCCUCAGGUCUCUUUUCUUUCCCGUAAUAGAACCAACAAGUGGCCAGCUCCUUUUUGUACCAGGACGCGACGCCGCUUGAGUUAUCGCCACGUUGCUUUCCAUUUAUACUUAAAACAAAACUGUUUACGGUAAACUUGUGCCUAAUUCCGUUCUGAGUAAACAAACAAAACAACUGGUUCAGCAGACACACAGUGUUGCUUUGUCUUCAAACAAACUUGUGGCCUUUUUUUUUUUGGAAAGCCUAUAUUUAACUGGCAACACUAUCUACAAAUCCAGAUCUGGGCUUGAAAGAACACAAGCGUACAGACUGAAGUCUUAAAUGUAUUCGACGAAGUUCCGUCUCUGAAACGCGUCUCGGUGGAACAAAGGUUAUAUCACAGGGAUGCUUUCUUUUGCUUCCUAUUUCUUUUUGAGCCUUUCUUAAAUAUUUAGUACCUAUUGCUUUAUCUUAUCCGCACCAAACACUCAUUUAGUUUAUUUCUGUUUUCAUUUUUUUUUUUUCUUUUACUUUUUUGCCUUUUUGUUUAUAUCUCGAUUGCAUCUUUGUAUGGGAAACAAUGUGCCGGUUUUCAGACAGAAAGAUAUGCACAGCUUGUACUUUGGGUAACAUUCCUCCUCCUCCUCCUCCUCCUCCUCCUCGGUAUUGCAGUUACUUUCUCAGAUGCUCAUUACUUAAACCUCACCUGAGAGCUGAUAUGAAGACAGCUGUGAUCUGGAACAAAUCCCUGCUCUGUGCAGGCGGGUUGCUGAUUUGCUUUCAACCAUCUUAAUAAUCUUUUGACUUGAAUGUUGAAUCAUUUGUACCGCUCCGCCCCGUCACACCUAGUCGGUAAAAAUAAUUCCACGGGGAUGUAAAAAAAAAAUUGAGAUGAAGGCCAUAUCCGUUGCUUUACUCCCACAUCGUUGUCUGCCAGGCCUAUGCAAGAAUCAUCUCAGUAUGUUCACCAUUCAAGGAAGCACUAUAAAUUCAACUCCUCGGGUUUUAAUUACAGAGCUCAGACAAAACUUGGGCUCCAACGUUGCUGACAGACAUAUCCCUUCUGUUUUUUUCUACUACGUUUCAGUCAGUGUUAUCCUCCAUUACCUGCUUUAACGCAUCCACGAGAUGCCUCAAUGGUACACACUUGGCUCCUGUGUUUCAUCUCAUAUGCUGUCGUCCUGUGCGCUACUCGAGCACAGCCUUACCCGUCUCGUAUCACACUAUUGACUAGCUGGGACAAGCACAUUAUGAUUUAUUUUUGUUAGUUUCCCCCCCCCCUCCUCUCCCCUCUCCCUUUGGUGCAUGUUUGUUCCUGGAAAGCAGAGAAAAAGGUACAAAUUGGUGGAAAUCAUCUCAAAUCUUAGCUUUAAACACCAGUGUCUGGAGACUUUUUUUUUCAGGAGCGAAUGAACUGAACAUGUCGGAGGGGAAGCAGCUGGAACGGUUUCGUCUCGGACUGUGCUGACACUACAGAAGGUCAAUGCUGUUGCUUUGUUGUGUGGACAUUUUGGACUGCAGUCCCUCUAGCAUUCCAGCUGUAAACAGUAUUUGGGAGAUAUUACACCGCUUAGCUCUGUUUCUUAAAUAUUGUCUUUUUCAUGGGUGAUUGAGCUUUCUCUGAGGAAAUGGAACCAAACGAGUCCCAAAAGUGCAAAAAAACCCAUCUGCUUCUGUCCCCCCUCGGGUCUUCUAUCCGUCCCAUUAUUUUACUUCUCUCAGCUCUACGAAGGGGUCGAUUUCUUUUUAUUUUUUAUUUUUUUUUGCUCUUCUUUCUCUCUCCGAGGGAACGCAAUACACUGUCGGCCCUCACUUUAUUGACAUGAAUCUAUUGACAUUUUUGUGUAUGUACUAUAUAAUAUUACUGUUAAUGACUGAUAAAUAUACAGAACUUAUUUUUUAUUUUGUUACAUUUCAUAUAUAUACAUAAAUAUAUCUAUAUUAAAAUGUUUACAAUAAGAUUUUUUUAAUUUUAAAUUUGUUUUUUUUUUUUUUUACUUUUCUCUUGAGUGAUAAAGUGAAUGAAGAGUUGGAAAACACAGAAACGUUGCAGGAGAGUGUCAGUGCUAUCUGCUUGUAGUCUAGUUCAUAGUUUACAGUAUUGAUGAUAAUAGUAUUGAUAGCUGCCGUUAGUGGAAAAAUGGAAUGUGCAUCACGAGCAUGUCUUCAUAAUUUUACCGCCAAUGUAAAAGAUCACUCUGCAAAUGUAAAAAGGCCAAGGAUUCAAGCUGCCUGUCAUGUCUGUACACCACCAAAUUAAGAACGGUAUACUAUUAAAAUGUAUCUUAGAUUAUCUAUAUAUAUAUAUAAAUACAUAUAUUGUUAAGCUGUACCAACAGUUCAAAGUAUUUGCUAAUUUUACUACACUUUUGUUAUGUAUAUGUAGGGGGAGUCUUAUGGCAUAUAAAUUCUUCAAAUUGAGUCAGGAGUUUAAAAGCAGACUAUAUUUUAUAAUGGCCUUUUAAGUUAUUGCGGCCAAAGCACUGAUAUUAUAUAUUUGCUGUAAAGAGAAUUUAAGAGUUUUAUUUUUCUGAUAUUAAAGUUACUUAAUAAAGACGGUUUCAUUUAAAGCCA